GGUGACGCCACUUCCGGACUUCCCCUGGAGCCUGUAAACCCACGUCAGCGUCCCUGCCACCUCCAGGUGGUGGACCUGGUGAUUUUUAAAAACUAUGGAUAUGCUCUUCAGAAUAAGAGGAGGCCUAGAUCUGGCAUUUCAAUUAGCAACUCCUAAUGAACUGUUUAUCAAGAAUGCACUAAAGCAUGUGUUGAGUGAUCUGUCCGCCAAGCUUUCUUCAGAUGCACUUGUGUUCAGAAUUUGCCACAGCUCGGUUUAUCUAUGGCCAAACAGUGACGUAAACACCAUCCCAGGAGAGCUGACUGACAGCUCUGCCUGCAAGAACAUAAUACACUGUAUUCAAUUUGAGCAGGAAGAGGAUACAAAACGAAAAUUCAUGAGAAAGAAAGACAAAAAGUUAACAGAUGUGCGUCAAAUAGUAAAUAUAGAUCUUAUGCUGGAAAUGUCAACCUCUCCGAGAGCCGUAAGCCCCAUCAUCGAAAGAGAAAGUGGAGGACACCACUACAUUAAUAUGACCUUGCCGGUCGAUGCAAUUGUAUCUGUUGCCCCAGAAGAAACAUGGGGAAAAGUUCGCAAACUUCUAGUGGAUGCAAUUCAUAAUCAACUAACUGAUAUGGAAAAAUGCAUUUUGAGAUAUAUGAAAGGAACAUCUAUUGUGGUUCCUGAACCACUGCAUUUUUUAUUGCCAGGGGAAAAAAAUCUUGUAACAAUAUCAUAUCCAUCAGGAAUUCCAGAUGCUCAACUGCAGGCCUAUAGAAAGGAGUUACAUGAUCUCUUCAAUCUGCCUCAUGACAGACCUUAUUUCAAAAGGUCUAAUGCUUAUCACUUCCCAAAUGAACCCUACAAAGAUGGCUACAUUAGAAAUCCACAUACUAAUCUUAGUCCACCUAACAUGGAGACUGGUUUGAUCUGUGUGGUCCAGGGCAUAUAUGGCUAUCAUCAUUAUAUGCAGGAUCGGAUAGAUGACAGUGGCUGGGGCUGUGCCUACCGGUCCCUGCAGACUAUCUGCUCAUGGUUCAGACAUCAGGGAUACACAGAGCGGUCCAUUCCAACACACAGAGAAAUUCAGCAGGCUCUAGUUGAUGUCGGUGACAAACCAGCAACAUUUGUCGGAUCUCGGCAAUGGAUUGGAUCUAUUGAAGUGCAGCUGGUACUAAACCAACUGAUUGGUAUAACUUCAAAAAUACUCUUUGUCAGCCAAGGUUCAGAAAUGGCCUCUCAAGGACGGGAACUGGCUAACCAUUUCCAGAGUGAGGGCACUCCAGUAAUGAUUGGGGGAGGCGUUUUGGCUCACACAAUACUAGGAGUUGCAUGGAAUGAGAUUACAGGCCAGAUAAAAUUUCUUAUUCUAGACCCACAUUAUACAGGUGCUGAAGAUCUGCAAGUCAUUUUGGAAAAGGGCUGGUGUGGAUGGAAGGGCCCAGACUUUUGGAACAAGGAUGCUUACUAUAACUUAUGCCUUCCUCAACGACCAAAAAUUAUUUAAAUUAUUUUGGAUUCAAAGACUAUAAAGGUGGUAUUAUAAUGUUAAUAAAAACACGCUUAAUUUUAAAUUAA